AGAGCCGAGAGACAAGAGAGAAGGAGGGGUGGGGGUGCGGGGAGGAGAGCUAGAGGAGCGAGAGGCACCGAGAGUUUGGCGGCGAGAUAAAGAAAUCCCCCGAGAGCGGCGGCCCGGCCCGCCGGAGACGCGCGUCCCACCCCGAUGUAACCCACCCUGCCCGAGCCCCGGCCGCCGCACGGCGGGCGGCGAAACUUCGCUGCGGGUUCUGGCGCUGGAGCACCGGCCUCGCGACGACUGCCCGGGCUGCGGGUAGGGGAGGAGAGCGGAGAGCGUCCCAGGGUGAUGUGAGCAGAGCCCAGGAAUGCCUUAUGUGGAUCGACAGAACCGAAUCUGUGGGUUUCUGGACAUCGAGGAGCAUGAGAACAGCGGCAAGUUUCUGCGGAGGUACUUUAUUCUGGACACCCAGGCCAACUGCCUUCUCUGGUACAUGGACAACCCCCAGAACCUGGCCAUGGGGGCAGGCGCCGUUGGAUCUUUGCAGCUGACCUACAUCUCCAAGGUGAGCAUAGCUACACCGAAGCAGAAACCCAAAACUCCAUUUUGCUUUGUCAUCAAUGCCCUCUCUCAGAGGUAUUUUCUUCAAGCUAAUGACCAGAAGGAUCUGAAGGACUGGGUGGAAGCCCUGAACCAAGCCAGCAAGAUCACCGUACCCAAAGUUGGGAGCCUGCCCCUGACUACGGAAGUUAUAAAAAGCCUACCAGCUCCUCCAGCCCUAGAGAAGAAGCCGCAGGUGGCCUACAAGACAGAGAUCAUCGGAGGGGUGGUGGUACACACACCCAUCAACCAGAACGGUGGGGAUGGGCAGGAGGGGAGCGAGCCCGGGUCCCACGCCAUCCUUCGGAGGUCUCAGAGUUACAUCCCCACGACAGGCAGCCGUGUUCCCUCUGGCCCCCCCCUCAUUAAGAGUGGCUACUGUGUGAAGCAAGGGAAUGUGCGGAAGAGCUGGAAACGUCGCUUCUUUGUACUCGAUGACUUUACUAUCUCCUACUUCAAGUGUGAGCAGGACCGAGAACCACUGCGCACUAUAUUUCUCAAGGACGUUCUCAAGACCCAUGAGUGUCUGGUCAAAUCUGGUGAUCUCUUAAUGAGGGACAACCUGUUUGAAAUCAUAACAAGCUCCAGGACCUUCUACAUACAGGCGGACAGUCCAGAAGACAUGCACAGCUGGAUUAAGGAGAUCGGGGCAGCUGUCCAGGCCCUCAAGUGCCACCCCAGAGAUAUGUCCUUUUCUAGAUCCAUUUCUUUGACUCGCUCUGGAAGCUCCGGCCUCUCGGGGGGGCCCAACUCUGUCCUGUGCAGGGGGCGGCCACUUGUGGAAGAGAAAAAAGCUCUUUGCAAAGCCCCCUCUGUGGCGUCCUCCUGGCAACCCUGGACCCCUGUGCCCCAGGCCGGGGACAAGCUGCUUCCAGCUGAAGAGACUCCUGGGGACUCUUUGUUCACGCCUCGACUUGGGGAGAGCAGUACUUCUGGGCUGUUGCCUAGCUCCCGGAUAAGGCACAGGUCGGAGCCCCAGCACCCCAAGGAGAAACCAUUUCUGUUCAGCCUUGAUGACGAGAGCAUACGGACUUCUGAUGUGUGAUAGGGCACGGUGUCCUGGGAGGGGGGAGGACUCAAGAAAAGGAGGCCAUCACUCAGUUUCCCUAUGUUUUGGAGGACAGUCAGAGAGCAUUUGGCACUCAUAUUCCUGUGGAGGCUCGGUGGAAGGGGCCCAUCCAGCUGCCCUGUUGGUUUUUUUUGUUUGUU